AUGAGUGGGAGGCUCCUGGAGCUUCAAUCUCUGAGGCGAGAUCUCUUUGAGGUGCGAGGACUUUUGAACCGCCUCGAGAGCCGCAUCCAGGCGCUUGAGGAAGAAGCAGCUUUUGAGCUGGUGGAUCCCUUGCCCGGGCCCGCUGCGGGGCCCUCUUCUCCCUCCCCCGGAUCAGGUGGAGGUUCGCUCUCCCGGGGUCCUCCCGUGUCUCCUCAGCCUGGUUCAGGAGGAGUUAAUCUCUCCCAGGCUCCAUCGCCUUCCCGCCUGCCCGGUUCAGGAGGAGGCAAUCUCUCCCGGGCUUUCUCUCCAUCCGAUCGGCCAGGAUCAGGUGGAGUGGAUCUCUCCCUGGCCUACGACCUCGCUUCCGAGGUCUUCCCGGAUCGCUCCUCGCGGUCGAACCCUGGGCCGCCGAACUCUUCCUUUCGGACGGCCGUUGCUAAGGAGGUUGGCCAGUUCCUCCGCAGAGCCCUGGACGGAGGGCAUUUGCGCACAUCGGGCAGGAGUGCCCUUACCCUAUCCUCCAAGUACUACAUUGUCCUUGCCGACUUUGAGGGUCGGCGCUUCUCUGAGCCUUGUGUCUUCUCUGCUUUUGCGCAGGCGAAAGCCCUUUGCAUUCGUGGCCCGGACAAAGGGCAGUCCAUCUUUGUGGGCCUGCCCAGUCAGGCAGAGUGUGCGGUCGCCCUCCGGGAGGCUGGCUUGAGUUGGAUUGACCAGGAGGCAGGGCCGACCCUGUCCUGCUCCAUCGUUGUGAUUGCCCAGUUUGAAGGCAGCUUUUUGGUGGCGGUUCCCCAGACGGCAUGGCAUCGCACGGCUGGGCGAAGGUACUUGCCCCGCACAGCGCUCAGCAGAACUGUGCUAGCAGAGGUCCUGGCAGCGGCGGCGGACGAUCCGUCCGCCAUGCGACAUGGCGUGAAGCUGAAGGUUUGGCUGGGGAUGUUGGACCCCGCUCUCGAGGGCAUGGUGGACUUCGCUGUGGAAGGCGAGUUGUCGCCGCAUCCGAGCACUACGCCUUCCAGACUCCGGCCGAGGAUGUUGGCUGGAGUUCAGCGCAUCCAGGCCAGCUUGGAAGCCCUGGUGGCCGCUGGGCUGCCUCUUCUUGCUGGGCUCGAGCCUGUGGUCUUGGAGGCCGCCAGAAAGGCAGGGGUUCCAGAGGACCAGCUGGAGGAUCGGCAAAUCUGGGGGGGGGGGCGAGACCCCGUCCACACGGCGGUUGUCCAAAUCGGGCAAGUCCUCAAGCUGAUGCAGAAAGACAGGGAGAAGAAGAACGACCUCGAGGACAUUCUGGAAAGAGCGGAAGGUGGGGCCCCAGACUCGAUGGGAGCCAGUGGGUCAAGCGGUCGCUCGAAGACCGCAGCCUAUCAGAAGCUGUGUGGCAUCCUUCGCUCGGCCCCCGAGCAGAUUUCGGCCUCCAUAGAGGGUCUGAUGAUGGACGACUUUGUGGGAGCCCAGACGGGGCCGCAUCAGGAGGAGAGGCGGCUGUCGGUUCGGGGAUGGGUCGAGCACAGAAGCCACUUGCAACCGUACGCCGGACCUAUCCGGCAGGCUUGGACCCUUGCUUCGAUCAUCGACCUCUUGAACAGCGGGAACAGCGAACAAGCGAAAGCAGUUGCGCUGUUAGCAGUCGCUGCUUUAGACCAAGCAGCGAUAGACAAUGGAAGCUGGCUUCUUGCCAGCGAGUUCUCGAUGGACAUUCAGCCGCCGUUCUCAAGCUUUCAGCGGCCCCGCCAGCUCGACCCUCUCGAGUCGAGACAGAGUCGUGUGAUCGACCCGAGGUGGAUUUCGCUCUACAUGAGUCGCAUUCGCGAACGCGACGCCUACCACACAGCCAAACGCAACCUUGGAGGCGGGGGAGGAGGGGCUCCGCCGCCAUCUACUGGAGACUCCGUGCCACCAGAAGUUCCUCCCAAGAAGCCGCCGAAGGGCGGCGGCAGAGGCGGGAAGGGCAAGGAGAAGGAGGCUGCGAAGUGUGCUUCUCGGCGGCAUGGCGUGUGGCCCAUGCCUCUUCCUUACCCCGAGCUUCAUGCUCCGCGAUCCGGCGGCAGAAGGGAUCCUGAGCAGCUCGGAGUCAACGCAGUGGUGCUGGUCUUGAAUUUCCUUUUUCUUGGCGAGCCGGCCGUGGCAGGCCGCCAUCUUCGUCUCGGGCUGGGAGAACAGCUCACGAGCACCCAGCAGAGGGCUGUCGACUCUCUUCGCAUCGGAGUGUCAGCCUGGAACGCAGGAGGGCCUUAUGCUCCCUCCGAUCUCGGGCGGGCGGCUGCAAAGUUUGAGGCUCUGAAUGACAUGCUGCUGGCUUGCCAAGCUGAGGCCGAGACGGUUCGGGCCUCCGGUAUCCCUUUGUCUGAGGUGCUUUUCAGCUUUGCAGCGCCGUGCAAUGUGCUUCCGGUCGAGCCUGCAAGGCUAAACUUCGUUGGCACUCCCAGCUUUGACCCGCUACCUUUCUUGGCCGUGGCCGUGAGAGCGGACAGGCGACAGACCUCGGAGCUUCUCCAAUUGCUGGACGACAGCGGGCGCCUCCGUCUCUUUGCCGAAUCCGAAAUUCGGCCCAGGCUUCGCAACGGUUUGUUCAGUGUUGCUAAGGACAGCUCGCGGGAUCGCAUGGUGUUAGAUGCGAGGCCCCCCAAUCAAGCUGAGGAGACUGAAACCCGUUGGAUUCGAUCCUUGGGGACCCUUGAGCAAUUCCAAUUCAUUUACCUCCCUGAUGAGUCAAUGUUUGAGAUUCACACGGAAGAUUUGAAAGAAUUUUAUCACAGCUUCAUAGUGGGAGAGCAGCGGGCAAAACGGAAUGCCCUUGCUCUCGAGCUGACCUUCGAAGAUGUGUCUCAUCUCAGGGCGUGCUCCAAGUCGCUCCGCGGCUGCCGGAUUGUACCGAGCCUGAAUACUAUGGCUAUGGGAGACCUUAACGCUGUAGCUCUUGGUCAAACUGCUCACCUUUCGGUUCUCCUUAGGAGUGGGGUUCUUAGGCUCAAAGAUUUCAUCACGCUUCAGGGUCGCCCGGGAAGACCCGGCAGCCAAAUUGCUGGCCUCCUGAUAGAUGAUUUCAUUUUGCUUGACCCGGUCCCGCGACAGCUCCCGAGCCCUAGCUUCGAGCCUGCAGGCGUACGGACCAUGCGAGCUGUCACCGAGUCCUAUGGCGCCAGCGGGCUUCCUCGCAAUGAAAGCAAGGCCGUGUCUCGAGCAGCGAUUGCCGAGUUUUGGGGCGGGCGGUUAGAUGGUCGCAGCGGGCUUCUCCGCCCAGCGCCGAAGCGCACUUCAGCCCUCGCUCAGUUCAUUCUCCAGCUUGUCCGAGGAGGCGUCACUUCAGUCGGGAUGUUGGAAGUUGUCGCGGGCGGCCUGAUCUCAGCCCUUCAGUUGCGGCGCCGCCUCCUCAGCCUUCUCGAUUCGGUCCACAGCGUGCAGCGUCACCGGGACCGGCGCGCCUUUGUGCUCGUUGUGGGGGAGCUGUGCUCGGAGCUGCUUGUCAGCGCCGUGUUGCUUUGUCAGGUCGAUGUCGACUUGAGGGCGCCUGCUGCGCCAGUGCUCCUGACCACUGAUGCAUCCUCUACGGCAGAAGCCGGUGCGGCGGCUCUAGUGCCCGAGGGUUUCUCCCUUGAGAUCACUCGGCAUGGUUUGCAACGGGGCCUUUGGGCCCGGCUCCUUUCUCCUGCGCAGGCUUACCUUAAUGAGCGGGGAGAGCUGCCAGAAUCGCAGGAGCUUCCCGAAACGGUGUACGUCUCUCACCCCCUCUGGGAGGAACUCUGCUCGUCAUUGCAGUUCCAGCAGCUCGGCCGAACUGUGAAAGUUAAAGCACGGCGGCACAUAAACAUCGGGGAAGUGAGGGCCGCAAUCCGGGGAGAGGAACGAGUCGGUCAGGAUUUCCCAGGGCGAAGAUAUGUCCACCUGCAGGACAGCCAGGUCAGCCUGGGGUCUUUCGUGAAAGGGAGGGCUGCAUCCUCCGCCCUCAACAGGGAACUUCGGAGAUCGAUUCCCGGGCACUUAGCCAACCGGGUGAGGCCCUCGUAUGGAUACAUCCAAUCCAAGUUGAACCCUAGCGACGACCCUACCCGCUCAGCCCCGCUUAGGUGCCCGAGUAAGCUCCCUACGGCCUGGCUUCAAGCUGCGCUUGAGGGGAACUUCGAUCUCCUCGACACUUUCUUGUGGGAGUAUGAGCUCCACCCCUCGCAGCUUGCAGGUCUGCCGCCCGAGAGUGAGCUGUGGGCCGACGCGCCAAUUGGUGAGGUCCCAGCCCCCGCCAACGCGCGGAUGCGUGCGGUACUAGGGCCCGAGCAGAGGGCUGCCAGCAUCCUUCAGAGGACCCACAUCGGGGCUGGAGAAGCUCUCGAGAUCUUCCGUCGCCUGCCGAAGGAGCUCUCUGCCAGGUCCACCAAGUGGAGCAGAACCGAAGCCUCGUUCUCAGCAGGGGUCUUUGUGCACGGAGGGGUUGUCGGGCUCCGCCGUACGACAGGGUUGUUCCCGAACUGCAUUCAGGUUUUCGCUCGGCUGAUUCGUGAGGCCCAGCCUGGCUUCGUUUUCAGCUCCCUCAGUGUCAAUCAGAAUGUGCGGACCCUUCCACACAUUGAUAAGAAUAAUCUUUCGGGUGAGCCUAACCUUGUUGUUCCCCUUUCUCGGUUUCGGUCUGGACGUAUAUGGGUCUUAGCUGAAAGCGGCUCCGAGCGUCUUCGACACAGAGGCAAGGAUCACUUCGGCGAGGUCCUCCCAGUCAACGAGCGAGCUGUCAGCUUCGAUCCUCGACGCCUUCAUGCCACGCAGCCUUGGACGGGUACUAGGGUCGUCCUCAUUGGGUUCACGGUUAGGGGUUGUGAGAAGCUUUCUGAUGCCCAGCGUGCCGAAGCCCUCGACUUGGGUUUCGUUUUGCCUCCUGAGCCUAAUGCUCCUCCCCCUUUCUUCCCGAGCGCUGCCGGCGUGCCCAAACCUCUGCCCGCUAUUCGAGCACCUGAGGGUUUGCUGCGCGUCAGUGGUCCGACGAAGGUCGACCCGCCUAGCUUUGUAGGCGCCGAUAUAGGGCCUUUUGCUGCUUCCCAUGCUCCUAAGUCUCGGCCUCCUAGCUCCCUUGGAUUUGAGCUUACUCCGGAGCUCCGACGGUCUCUUCUUGCGAUGCCUCCUGGGCGCUUCGUCAUCUCCUCGGCCUUUGGCGACCUUUCUUCAGCCCUCUCCUCGGCUCCUGGGUGGCUGGAUCUUUUCUCUGGGUCUCGGGGCUUUGCUAAGGCUCUUGCUGCCGCUGCUCCUUGCUGGGUGUUGUGCGUAGAUGUGAGCCAUGGCCUGGACGAAGACCUCCUGCGCACUGACCUGCAAGAAGAGCUCCUGCGGCUCAUUCGGGGCCGAGCCUUUCACGGCGUUAGCGCUGGGCCGGUUUGCAGCUCGUUCUCCGGGGCGAUCACACCAUCCUGGCGUACCAAGGAGUUUCCACAAGGCCGUCCGGACUUACGGAGCGAUCAGCAGGAUAAAGUUCUUGCCGGGAACAUGAUGCUGGAGUUUACAUUGGAAGUCCUGCAAGCUGCUGAAGAAGUCGGCAUUCUUUUUUGGGUCGAGAACCCGCAAAAUAGCUGGUUCUGGAGGCAGCGGGCUUGGGACAUCCUGAAGGAGACAGUUCGCUGGGAUGAUUUUCUUUGUGAUAUGUGCGUCUUCGGUACGCUCUGGAGGAUCAUCGACAUCAAGUCUUACGGGGAAGAGACCGCUCUUCCGGAGAUGCUGGGUGGCUUGGAGACUUGGAGAUUUCAGGCUCUCCAGCUUCGAGAGGUCGCUACUGUGACAAAAGCGACCGCUGUUUUGCGAUCUGGAAUUUGGACCGCUUUCAAGGCCUGGGCUUCUAGUGAAGCGGGGAAUGAUGUGUGGGAAACUUUGCUUCUCCACCCCGACCUCCUCGUUGAGGCCCUUCUGAGCUACGGUCAGGUCCUCUACGAUCGCGGGGCUUCACUUCAGGAGUUCCGUCAGCUGCUUGCGCACUGUCCACAUGUGGUGCCUCGAAUCCGGGCCGGACUGAAGCCGGCCUGGGACUUACUUACGAAGUGGGAGCGCCUGGAGCCAACAGUCCACAGGACACCUAUGCCAGAACCGAUUCUUUGGGCUAUGAUCGGACUGAGUGUCUCUUGGGGCUGGCUCCGAUGGGCCGCCGUAACGUUUUUAUGUUUUCUGGGCUGCUGUCGCAUCGGGGAGGUUUUAGGUGCGACUAGGAGGGACUUGCUGACUCCUUGGGACCUCCUGCAGAACGACUUACGGUUCUAUCUCGUUUUCAGGGAGCCGAAAACGCGAGGGCGAGGAGCUCGAGUCCAGCACGUCGCUAUUGACCUCGAGGAGCACUUCGCCGUCUUCGUCAGGAGGGUCCUUGGAGCGCUCCCUCCGCGGGAGCUCCUCUUUCCGGGAAGUGCUGGAGUUUAUCGGCGCCGUUGGGACAGUGUCUUAGCUGCUCUGGACAUUCCGGCCAAAUUCAAGCUCACGCCGGGCUGCUUGCGCGGUGGUGGUGCUGUGGCAGCCUACCGCCGGAAACAGCCCAUCGCCGAUAUUCAGUGGACGAUGAGACUGCAGAAUCAGAGCACACUUGCUUAUUACUUGCAAGAGGUCUCUGCCGAGUCUGUGCUUCCGAAGCUUUCGGUCGACGCCAGAAGAAAUAUCGUCGCUACAUCUGCAAUGCUUCCGUACCUUCUCCGUGGUUCCCCAGCGCACUAG